CCCCCCCCUUACACACACACACACACACACACGGGGUGAGAGUGAGCCUUACACGCUCCUCAACUCCGAGGGAGGGAAGGAGGGAGCGGGCGGGAUGGCUCAGCAAUUCCAGGUGCUGAGGUGCUGCUCCUGUCACGUCUUCCAGGUCCAGCAGGUGAGGCAAACCUGUCCGUCUGUGGAGGUUAAAAAGAGCAAAAAAUGGAAUUGCAAAAUAUGCAAUGAAAAGCAAUCAGUGUUGAAGGUUUUUGGCCAAGGUUCUGGAUCUGAUUGCAGGCACCAUGUGCAAAAACUAAACUUGUUGCAGAGAGACAGAGAACAAACACCUAUGAAUAUACCAAGAUGCAUAGAAGAACCAGUACAGAUAGGGAAUGAGAAUACUGUUGUUAACUUGGAAGAAAAAAUGGACUGGCAGGACAAAAGGUUUGAGUCCGUGAGCCGUUGGACUAAAUAUCUGGAUGAAAGGUGUGAAGAGCAAGAAAAGGAAGUUGUAGAGGAAGAAAUGGUGCUCACAGAGAAGCAGCAGAUCUGUUCUUCCAGGGAAAAAACAGCAAAACAUCCAAGGAAGCGCAAGAAGACCAGUUUAUGUAUUAUUGAUGGCCAGGGACAGAUGGAACAGAGUGUUUCUGGAUUUGCAGACAAUGUCAAAAGCUUUGAGAACAGUCCAGAUUCCAUCACAUUGUAUACAAAAAACUGUGGAGAUGUUCCCUGUAAAAGUGUGUUGAGUCCUGCUGUUGAAGAGCAAGUGCUACACAGAAAGAACAAAGAUGCAGGGUCAAAAGGACCUGGACUUUCCAAGUGGGAGAAAUUCCUUUUAUCCAGUAAGGGCGGUGCCUCCAGUGGCAUGCUGCAAGAGACACAAACCCAAUCAUCUGGUGCAGGUGCAAGAGGUAAAAAGGCAGUCAUUUCUGUCGACACCAGCCCCCGGAACUGGCCUCACCCACUGGAGCAAAAGACACCCAUUCUAGUUGAGCAAGUACAAAAUCAUGUUACAGUAGCUGGUGCACCUAUGGAAAGAAGCAAACCAUCUCCAGUCUUGGGUAGUACCCAUCUUCAAGAAAAGCUGCUAAAUAGACUGCCCAAAGAAACCAGCUCUAUUCCUGCAAAAAAUCCUCUUGCUGCCUCGAAUUCAAAUACCCUGUACAUAAAUCUUUUUUCUACAGGGGAUGAUUUUGAUGAUGACAUUUAAGCUCUUCUUUUUCUCUCACACAAUUUUGUUUCAGUAGUAGCAUCUUUCUUCAACCUCAAAGGCAGGUUAUGUUAGUCACAAAGCUUAUGUUUUUUUUUUUAAUAAAAGGAGCUGUAUUCUACUAUUGCUGUUUG